AGAAUUCACACUGGCCAAAAUAGUUUUUGUUUAAGAAGCUAAAUUAAGCUGAGAGGAAAAGCAAUAUAGUGAGAAAAGCUGAUCGAGUUUGUUGCGUCGCGAAGAGUGAAAAAUGUCACACAGCGACACCAUCCCCCUUCACGCAUCUUCCCAAUCUGACAUCGACGAGAUCGAGAAUCUCAUCUAUGCUUCUCCGGCCACCGUUCUUCCGGCGAGACCUCCAAGUCCACCACGCGCUUCGAUUCCCGUUUCAUCCUCUUCUCCUUUCAUCAAUUCCAAUCUCCCUAAUCCCGCUCCUCCCAAAUCCUCUUACCAACCUCAAAUUCCAAAACCUCCUUCUUCUUCUUCCUCUUUCCCUCCUCCUCCACCUCCUCCUUCUACUCGUCCUGAUAUCUCUAAUUCUGGAUUCGGACCUGCUCCGAACACGCUUACCGAACCGGUUUGGGAUACGAUCAAGAGAGAUCUGUCGCGGAUCGUUAGUAAUUUGAAGCUUGUUGUGUUUCCUAACCCUAAUCGGGAAGAUCCGGGUAAGGCGUUGCGUGAUUGGGAUCUAUGGGGACCUUUCUUUUUCAUUGUGUUCCUUGGUCUCAUUCUUUCUUGGUCUGCGUCUGUCAAAAAGUCUGAGGUGUUUGCAGUUGCAUUUGCCUUACUUGCUGCUGGUGCUGUAAUUUUGACAUUGAAUGUUCUGCUUCUGGGUGGACACAUUAUUUUCUUCCAAAGUCUGAGUCUGCUGGGUUAUUGCUUAUUCCCUCUUGAUGUUGGCGCAUUAAUUUGCAUGUUGAAGAACAAUGUUAUAUUGAAAAUGGUAGUGGUAUGUGUGACUUUAGCGUGGAGUUCUUGGGCUGCAUAUCCUUUCAUGAGUGCUGCAGUGAAUCCCAGGAGAAAAGCUCUUGCUCUAUACCCAGUUUUUCUCAUGUAUGUAUCUGUUGGUUUUCUCAUCAUUGCUAUUGACUAAAUGCAUCAAUGUUUCAGAUAAUUACUUGGAAUUCCCUUCUAAAUAGGAAUUUUUGCUUAAUGAUCAACCCUUUUUAUUCUUUGUUGCCCUUCUUUUGUACUUGAUGUCUUCUUCUUUUCUUUUGAUAUUUUUGCUAGAUAUAGUAUUUGGAGACAUACGUUGUAUAAUAUUACAUGGAAUAUAUGAUGGAAUCAAAGUUGCUGCAA